CGCCGUCUUCAUUCUCUUGUCCAAGAGUUUUGGGUGAAUGUAAAGGGAGCUCACUCCCCCGUCACUCAUUUAUCAAGAACGAACUCUCUUUUGAACAUCUCAUUCAACUGUAAUCAUCCCUCUCUAUCAAUCAAUCUCUAACUUGUUUCCUUUCAACAAGUUUUGAUUGAUUUUACCCUGAGAGACACCCAUCGAACCCUUGUUGAACUAAAGCAAGACCCUCUACACUCUGACUAGUCUCAGUCAGUUAGUUAUACAGCAUCGCCACUGAGCAGGCUUGAUCAGAUAUCCCAUUAUUGCAUUCUUUUCUAUUCCCGCCAUGUCUCCUCCCGCUCCAGAGCAGAAGCCUCAGCUUCAACAACAACAGCAGGGCUCAUCAUCAGGAGAUUCAUCUUCUGGCAGUGCCAAUGACUCAAAGUCUGUGACGCCUGCUCCUAGCGCCACAUCUAAUACAUCCCAGAGCAGCACUGCUCCCUCAACAUCAAGCGACGAUAACCUUAUCUGCCGAUGGAAUGCUUGCAACCAAAAGUUCCCUGCUCCCGAGGCUCUCUACGUAAGAUACUGAAACAUCACCAAAGAGCAAUAAAAAUUGACCUCUUAUAGGAGCAUAUUUGCGAGCGCCAUGUUGGUCGCAAGAGCACAAACAACCUCAACUUGACUUGCCAGUGGAACUCUUGCCGAACUACCACGGUCAAGCGAGACCACAUCACCUCGCACAUCCGUGUCCAUGUUCCUCUCAAGCCUCACAAGUGUGAGUUCUGCGGCAAGUCUUUCAAGCGUCCUCAGGACUUGAAGAAGCAUGUCAAGACCCAUGCCGAUGACUCUGUACUUGUUCGCCCAUCCCAGGAUCCUCAAGGUGGACUCAACUACAGGCCACAGCCUCCAAAGGGUAUGUCUCAUCUCGACUCUAGUCCACGGCUGUGGUCCUCCGGUUUUCCUUCCCUCGAGGCUAAUCCGCCUCCAGGCCCCUCUAGCUACUAUGAUCACACUGGUCAGAUGCGAACUAACGCAGCAGCCUUUGCUCAUCAGGCAGGCCAUCCUAGUGGCGGUUACUAUGCUCCCCAGCCCUCUACCAACUAUGGCCUCUACUUCAACCAGCCUCCUAUCAACAAUGCCCGUACCGAGCACCUUGGAUACAGCGCUGCUGCCGGCGGUUAUGAUCGAAAGCGCACCUACGACAUGGUUGACGACUUCUUCGGCAGCGCCAAGCGUCGACAGAUCGAUCCUUCGUCUUAUGCCCAGAUUGGUCGUUCCUUGAUGCCCCUCCAUGGCAACCUCUCCGUUCCCAACGGUCCUAUGACUGCUACCGAGCAGUACAUGCCUCAGCCUGCUCCCGCACCGGUCCACGCUGGUCCUACUCCUAGCCAAAACCCCUUGGCUCAGCAAUACUACCUGCCCAUGCCCAGCGCGCGAACUCAGAAGGAUCUCAUUCACAUCGACACCAUUCUUGGCCAGAUGCAAGACACCAUCUACGAGAAUGCUAACCACGCUACUGCUGGUGUCCACAUUCAUCACGCUGAAAACGGCUUCAACGGUUACCGCAACACCCCUUCGCCUCCUACCUCUCACAGGUCUCCUACCGGCAUGCAUGUCGGAGCUGACGGCUACCAGCCUGUGUCUGCCGCCAGCAUGGCCUCGCCUCUGACGGCCAUCUCAUCUACCGGCACUCCUGCUGUUACACCGCCCUCCAGCUCCAUGUCAUACACAUCUGGUCACUCACCAAGCCCAUCAUCCUCUGCCAUGUCUCCUCAGUCCCGCCACGGCUCAACUGCCUCAGUCAUGUACCCCACUCUCCCCACAAGCCUCCCUGCUGUUAGCCAGGGCUUCGGCCACUCUGCUACAACCACUCUUGGCCCUAGCUUUGACGGCAGUGAGCGUCGCCGCUACUCUGGUGGUAUGCUCCAGCGAGCUCGUGCUGGUCCUCUGCCUCUGCCUCAUGAGGACACCAGUGGUGCUUCCACUCCCAAGGCUAGCGAGUCUGCUCUGUCUGUUGGCUCUCCCUCUUCAGAGUCUGAUGUCAGUGAUGCUACCCGUGAGCGUGAGGAGCAGUAUGACCGCUGGCUCGAGAACAUGCGGGUCAUUGAGACUCUUCGCGAGUACGUUCGUGGACGUCUGGAGCGCAAGGAGUUUGUGGACGACAACGAGUCGCCACGAUCUAGCCACUCUGACGCUAUGGAUGUUGACCCAAAGAGCCCUCAAGCUCCCCCCAGAGAACUGGGUACCCCCCGUGAGGGAUCCUCUCUGUACCCUAUCCUUCGCAUGCCUGGCGCUUAGGUCAGUCCUUGAGUCAGCUGCUGGUUUGGCUGUACGUGUACUAUUAUCGUCUAUCCUUUUCUCUGCAUCAAAGCAAUGCGGAAUGUUAUGUUCACGCGGUCUCAAUGUUGAUAUGAAGUCUGAACCAUUUGGUUCUGGGACGCUCUGAAUUGAGCCUCCCACAAUUAGCGGCUGGGAAGGGCCUACUGUUUAGUUGGUGAAAUAUAAGGACAGAUGUAAUUCAAUGGACCUUAAGUCGGGGUUUCUUUUUCGUUUUUCUUUUGUCAGCUACUGCUUGACAAUCUUGUGGUCAAUCAAUGACGGAUUAUGAAUGAUAUAGGCAAAAAGGUGGCUCGGUUUUUGAGAUGAGAUAGCUGGGAUUUGAGUUAUCGAGUACUAUCAACAAGAACAAUAUCAAAAAGUGCUGAACAAUCUUCCAAGACCAUAUUGACUCUCUGAUACAUCAUGCCUGAUGUCAUUGGUUUGUAUUGUAUACGACAUGUUACUCAAUCAAUACGAAGCAUCGUCAUGAUCUCCGAAUAUGACCGACAAGCUACACACAGAUUACGCACAAAGUACCUAAUGCAAGGACACAUGCACUCCACGAUCAAAGUAGAAACAAUGUAGGACAAGUAUUCUCCGAUACGUCGUCGCCUCCAUUCCAGCGAAAAAGUCGAUCCCUGUAGCGAGUCCCGUGCUGACCCCGAGGCUGAAGCAGCGAUCCCCGUCGCAGGAUAUAGCCAAGGAUGGCCGUGCUGUGUCGAUCACUGUGAGGCUGUGAGAGGACAAACGUCACUAUGUAAGAUUUGUGAUUAAGAAGAGCUAGUUUACGAUAGAUGAACAUAUUCUUGUUUGCGUGUGGUGUUUGUUGUUUCAUGGAUAUAAGGUGGUUAUGAUGCAUGAUAGUGUUUACUGCAUGCGGAUGAGUUGGAACGAUAUUGGUCUUGCAUUUAGCAUGUAUAGUAUUUAGCA